CCAAACCCCAAGAUGGCUAGAGAUGCAGGAGUAGUUGAAGAUGAAGAGAAUACCUACAUUGGGAAUAAAGUCCAGCCCUUUGCCUCUACUCCACAGCAAGUUCCAGAAUUUCUUGCGACCCUUAAUUUCCUAUUCCAUUUCUGUUCCUACCGUAUAUGUGCGUUGAGGGGAAGAUUUAUAAUUUGAUUAGUCAAAAAAAUCUUCUCCUCCUCUCCCCUCCCCUCCAUUUCCACGACCCAAAUAUAUCAGACCUAGUUUGCCAUUAUUCUUCUCAAGUUUUUGUUUCUUUUUGCAGGAUGGAAGGGCAGAGAACUGAGGGAAGGAGGAAGCAAAAGCCUACCAAGUUGAAUGAGAUUCUGGGCCUGAAAGAGAUUUUCUCCUUAAAGGUCUGGAGAGCAUCAAUAGCUGAACUACUUGGAACUGCAGUGAUGGUUUUUGCCAUGGACACUAUAGUCAUCUCAUCAUACCAAACCGAGACCAAGAGUCCUCACCUGAUAAUUUCUGUUCUCGUAGCUAUUACAGUCACAAUUCUCCUUCUAGCUACAUUUCCCAUCUCCGGCGGCCAUAUCAACCCCAUCAUUAGCCUCGCUGCAGCUCUCACGGGCCUCAUUUCGCUCUCCAGGGCAGCCGUGUACAUCUUAGCACAAUGUAUUGGUGGCAUAUUGGGUACACUGGCACUGAAAGCUGUGGUAAACAGCAAUAUAGAGCAAACAUUCUCGCUUGGAGCCUGCACCCUUACCAUUAUUGUACCGGGCCAUGAUGGGCCUCUGGAAAUUGGACUCAAGACGGCCCAAGCUCUGUGGCUUGAGAUUUUCUGUACCUUUAUGUUACUCUUUGCAUCUGUAGGGAUGGCUUUUGACAGACGUCAGGCCAAAGCCCUGGGCCGAAUUACAGUCUGCACCAUCAUCGGCAUAGUAGUGGGCCUUAUCGUUUUCAUAUCGACCACCGUUACUGCAACAAAGGGUUACGGCGGUGUUGCGAUUAACCCAGCCAGAUGUUUAGGCCCAGCCCUGAUCAGAGGUGGACAUCUAUGGAGUGGGCACUGGGUCUUUUGGGUUGGGCCUGCUAUUGCCUGUGUUGCAUUUGCUCUGUACACAAAGGCCAUUCCACACCAACUUCUCCACACUUAGGGCUGAAAAUGUAGUAAUCCCACAUAAAUAUUUGUUAAGACCAUCCUUACUUUAACUUGGAACAUGAUCCAUGUAUGUAAGAUAUGAUUUCAUGUAUGCUUUUUAUAUUUUGUAUAAACUUUCAAUGUGUUCAUGACUAUGAAUAUUCAAGUUCCAUGAAUAUUCAUUGCCAGGGCCAUCAUCAGUGUAUAGGCUGCAUAACAGGUUGCUUAUGGGCCGCCUUAUUGCAGGGAGGUCGUUUAUGGAAACAGCAUUGGGUGUUCUGGCUCCUUCCUGUUAUGCUUUGUGUAUCCUACUUUCACCUUAGCUUUACCAAAGGAAUGUCCAGCUUUGUCUAACUAAUUUUAUCAUAAUAAGAGUAUUAGUCAUUU